AUGCACUGUGACAGCAGCGGCGGAGACUUUCAGAGUGCUCUGAAGGCGCUCGCUAACACAGACAUGACGGCCGCUCGGAGGCUCGGCCAGCGUCAGACCACAGAGAAGGGGAGGGGGGUGAAGAAAGAUCCAUCUUUUAACAUGAGCUCUGUCCUGCUGCGCGCUGGGACCAGGGAGCAGCCCAAAGCCUCAUUUGAGUUGAACUCAGCAUCUUCCAAACAGGCCGCUCCCCGCUGCUCCCUGCUGCACGGGGAGAUGAGAGAGGAAGCCUGCGUUUGUGGUGACAAAAGUCAUUAG